CUCCCUUCUGUAGCUUACCUAAACGUGCCUGUUCAGUACUGUAAUAGGCAUUCAGCUAGCCUACUAUAGGGGUCCUCCCAGUCUUCACACGUGGUGAAUACGGUAGCUCCGUGAAUCUGUGACCGGAGAUGGGAGGCCUGGAGAAAAAGAAGUAUGAAAGUGGCUCGGCCACCAACUACAUCACCAGAAAUAAGGCUCGCAAGAAGCUGCAGCUUAGCCUCCCCGACUUCAGGCGUCUUUGUAUUCUAAAAGGGAUUUACCCACAUGAACCCAAGCACAAGAAGAAGGUUAACAAGGGUUCCACUGCCCCUCGGACAUUUUAUUUCCUCAAGGACAUACGAUUCUUACUUCAUGAACCAAUUGUAGGAAAAUUCAGAGAGUACAAGGUUUUUGUUCGCAAAUUGCGUAAGGCAUAUGGGAAACGUGAAUGGGAUGCAGUGGACAGGCUCAGAGACAACAAACCUGCCUAUAAACUGGAUCACAUCAUCAAGGAGAGGUAUCCAAGCUUUAUUGAUGCUCUCCGUGACAUGGAUGAUGCUCUUUCUAUGUGCUUCCUUUUUUCCACUUUCCCUCGGACAGGGAAGUGCCACGUUCAGACUAUCCAACUCUGUCGUCGGCUAUCUGUAGAAUUCCUGAACUACGUAAUUGCAUCACGUUCCUUGCGCAAGAUUUUUUUGUCCAUCAAAGGAAUCUACUAUCAAGCAGAAAUUCUAGGACAGACUGUUACAUGGAUUACACCUUAUGCUUUCUCUCAUGAUCACCCCACAGAUGUGGAUUACAGGGUAAUGGCCACUUUUACUGAAUUCUACACAACAUUGCUGGGGUUUGUCAACUUUCGUCUCUAUCAGACGCUCAAUCUGCAAUAUCCCCCCAAGUUGGACUCUCGCUCGGAGGCUGACCUUAAAGUAGAAGAGGAAGACGCAUAUGCACUGGAAUCUGAGGCCUAUAUUGAGAAACUGGCAGCUCUCAGUGCUAGUCUAUCCCGGGUUAUUCCAUCUGGUCCAGAGGAUGAUGCUGAGAUGGAUGAAUUCCCUGCCGACCCAGAAAACGCAGAACAGGAAGAGGAGCGUCAGAAACAGCUUCAAGAGGAAGACAAACACAAGUCUCUCUUUGUUGGGCUCAAAUUCUUCCUGAACCGUGAGGUUCCACGAGAGGCACUGGCAUUUAUUAUUCGGAGUUUUGGGGGAGUAGUGUCCUGGGACGCCUCACUCUGCAUUGGGGCAACUUAUGACAGCUCUGACCCAACUAUCACACAUCAUAUUAUUGACCGGCCCAGCAUCCAUAAUCAAGUUAUAAACAGGUAUUAUGUACAGCCACAGUGGGUAAUUGACAGUGUGAACGCUCGCAUACGGCUCCCUGUGGAGGAUUAUUUCCCAGGAGUGGUGUUGCCACCACACCUCUCCCCAUUUGUACAAGAAAAAGAUGGAGACUACAUCCCUCCUGAGAAACUACGACUACUGGCUCUGCAGCGAGGAGAGAGGCCAGAGGUGGAAGAUGAGGAGGAGGAUGAGGAAGAUAGUGGUGAUGAUGAUGAAGAGGAGGAUGAGAGUGAAGAUGACGAUGACCCAGAGAACCAGGAGGAAGCAGAGGAAGAUAAGAAGUUAAGAGAAAUGGAAAAUAAGAAGUUUAGAGAAAAGAAGCUGAAUGUUAAGGUCACAGCAGGCACUGUGAAGGUGGUGGAUAAAGUAAAAGCUGCUGAGAGGGAGAAGAAUGAGGAGAAACGACUUGCUAUCAUGAUGAUGAAAAAGAAGGAAAAGUAUCUCUACAACAAGAUCAUGUUUGGCAAGAAGCGCAAAGUUCGAGAGGCCAACAAACUAGCCAUGAAGAGGAAAGCACAUGAUGAAGCUUGCAAAGCUGAGCGGAAAAAGACCAAGUCCAAAAAGCCGUGAUCAUUUACUUGCCAUCUAUAAGAUGCAGGCCUGGCCCAUAUUAAAUUUGCUUGUGUCUCAAGAAGUGAAGCAUAUCAGUUUGUAUCAAAAUCUCCUCUGCAUCCAGCUUCCCAUGAGGUUCCAACACAAUGGACUCUGCUUGUUUGUUUUCUAGAAAUUGCUAGACACAGCACCAUCCCUAAUUCAAAUUCAUACUCUUUAUGUAAGAGGAAUUGCAACUUAUGUGCCCAUUUGUCUCUUGUCAGUUCUUUUCAAGAUAUCAAUGUGGGUAAUGUGAUGUCUGUGUCUGGAAAAGGUUUUGGUAAAUAAUAAUCUGGUGCCUAUUAGUUGCAAAGGCAUUUUAUUGUAUUUUGCUAAUCUCUAGCAUGAAAAUAAUUCUUUAAUUGGGAUAAUGAACUGCUUUACACAUCAUCCCCUGGUAAAUGGCAGAAAGACCACUAAAGCUGACCCUCACCAAAGUUGUGGUACUGAACUGUUUUUACCACUCUGUAAAAUUUGUAUUUUAUAUUAAAUAUAUAAUUACACAA